AUCCCAUCUCCUGCUUUUCUCUCUACUGCUCUCGAUUCUUCUUCUUCUUCUUCCCAGAUUCUAUCCAUUCCUAAUCGACUUACCAGGCCCUUUUGCUGAACUCUGAGAUCGAACUUCCUCGCCAGUUUUGUUGCCAGCGCUAAUGGGUGUCCAGGAAAAGAAUGAAGGCACACUGUCAAACGGCUCAAUUGCAGCUAAUAAUUGCCUUUCCAAUGAUGGGACACAAUUGGAUCCACUGAUGCGAGUUAGCUCCCUAUCUUCCUAUGGCAAUGAAAAUGCAUUGAAGGUUAGGAAGCCCUACACUAUUUCAAAACAAAGGGAAAAAUGGACAGAGGAAGAGCAUCAGAGGUUCCUUGAAGCUCUGAAACUCUAUGGUCGUGGAUGGCGUCAGAUCAAAGAACAUGUAGGCACCAAAACAGCUGUUCAGAUCCGAAGCCAUGCUCAGAAAUUCUUCUCUAAGGUAGUGCGAGAGUCUAGUGGUAGCAAUGAGAGCUCCAUUAACCCAAUUGAGAUUCCUCCACCUCGACCGAAAAGGAAGCCACUGCAUCCUUACCCUCGCAAAGCGGUCGAUUCUCUCAAGGCAAUAUCAGUUGCAAGAGAAUCAGAGAGGUCUCCAUCCCCAAACCUCUCACUUGCUGAAAAAGAGACCCAAUCCCCCACUUCUGUACUGACUGCAUUCAGUUCAGAUGAUCAAAUUUCUGCGGUUUCGGAGCAACAUAAUAGAUGCCAAUCACCUAUUUCGCAAGCUGUUGACAUGCAGUCAACUAGACUUUCUCCUGUUAAGAAGGGGGAGCUGUACCCACCAUCAAAAUCAAAUGGAGGAGAAGAAAAAGGAAUGCUAUCGCUCGAAUCAUCCUCAGAGCGGUUUCCAGAAGACUUCUUAACUCUGAAAUUCAAGCCAGGAUCAGCAUGUAAGAAAGUGGAUAACAAGUUGCAUACUUCUGUUAGAAGCAUAAAGCUUUUUGGAAGGACUGUAAUGGUAACUGAUGAGAAGCAACCAUCCCCUCAUGGUUUUGAAUUCACUAAAUCGUUAGCAUUUGAUGGUGACAGUAAGAAUAAGUGUAAAGUGUAUGCUGAGAAGCCUGUUCAGACCCUACCUUCAAAACAUAUGGAUGUAAGUUUAGCUCUUGGAAUGGAUAACAAUGGUGAUUGGAAUAUGUCACCUGAUGGAGCACCUACAUUAGCGUUAGGGAAUCAGGACAAAAGUGUCCCCUAUGUUAAGGCGAUGCCAAAUGCUCCUCAAACUUGUUGGUCUUUGUAUCAAAAUGUACCGUAUUUUUAUCUUGCUCCAUCUGAUCAAACUUCAACUGGAACAUGUACUGACCAUGUUAUGGAAGAAAGGAUCCAAAAUGACAAUUCCCUGGAGAGUUCUUGUGCGGAUUCAUGUUCUGGCUCCCCCAGUAAGGAUAAAAAUGAAACCCAGAGUCCAGAAGUAGAAUGUCAAGUGCCUUCUUCGAUAGGAAGAGGUAAUGCAAAUGAGAGUAAGAAAGGGUUUGUGCCUUACAAGAGAUGCUUGGCUCAGAGAGAGACAAGCUCUGUGCUGAUUGUUUCAGAAGAGAGAGAAGGUCGGAGAGCUCGAGUAUGCUCGUAACGUAGCUUCUGCAAAAUCAUAGUGGAAUUGGUCCAGCAACAGAUUUAAGG